AACUCCCAUGUGGUCAGGAUUAAAAGUGGAGGCUUAAGUACUUCUUCCCUUUGAUAGACCUGCCACAGUAGAUACAUGGCUUCUUUCAUCAUUUUCCCAAGCACAACAGGCUCUCCUCUGAAAUCCCAUUUCCUUGGGAGAAACCACCUCUCCCAGCAUCUUCAAAAACAGUCUUUUCUAAUUCACAACAAGCCGCCAACCCAACACUCUAUAACAUGCGCAAAAUUUGACCUAUCUGAAAUCAUGGGAGGCAGAGGACUCUGCAAUGGGGAAGAAGGUCUACAGAAGGAGCUAAACAGGAACCUUGAGGAACAAGAAUCAGCAGCAGCUGAUACAAAGCAAGAAAAAUCAGAUAGUUUGGCACUAUCAACAAUUGACAGUGUUUCAGAAAAUGCUUUUGAAAAGGAGCUGAUGGGACUAACUGGUGGAUUUCCUGGUGGUGAAAAGGGUUUGCAAACAUUCAUUGAGAAGAACCCACCCCCAAAGAAAACAACAGUUACAGAUUCAGGAAACUUGGGAGAAAUUAUUGGAUCAAAGAAGCCAAAACCGCCAGAAUUGCCACUAUUGAUGCCUGGUAUGAUUGCCAUUGUUAAGAACCCAAAUAACCCAUAUCAUAUGUACUGUGGCAUUGUUCAGAGAAUCACAGAUGGAAAGGCUGGGGUUCUUUUUGAGGGAGGAAACUGGGACAGAUUGAUUACCUUUCAAUUGGAUGAGCUGGAACGCAGGGAGAAGGGCCCUCCAAUGAAGAACCCAAAGUCUUGCAUCCUUGAACCUCUGCUUGAGAAAGAAGAUUCCAAAUGACUCUUUUCAUUAUCUGUUGAAUGCAUGUUGACUUAUAUGCCAUAUGUUUAGUUUUUAUGACAACUUAGGCGGCAGAACUUCAUGUUUAAACAAUUUCUUUCAUUAUCAAUGUCAAUAAAAUAAAACCAAAGAAAGUAUCUCAAGUA